UCUACAACCAUGGCCUCCUCUCAGACAAACUUGAUCUUCUCCUUCCUUCUGACACUCAACUUUCUCUUUUUUCUUCUUCCACUUCCUUCUUCUGCUACCAUCAGUUUAUGUUCUCCAAAUGCAAUAUAUCAACUGGGUGAUUCAAUAUCUGAUACUGGAAAUCUCAUCCGUCAAAGUACAUCUCCAAAGGCUUCUGUGUUUGCUCACCUUCCUUAUGGUAUUUCUUUCCUUGGACAACCUACUGGUAGAUGCUCCAAUGGUCUUCUUAUGAUUGACUAUAUUGCUAUGUCUCUUCGUCUUCCUCUUCUUAAUCCUUACUUGGCAAAGGAUUCUGAUUUCAGUCAUGGAGUGAAUUUUGCUGUUGCUGGCUCAACUGCUCUUGAUUCUUCAUUCCUUGCAGAGAACGAUAUUAAUUCUCCAAUAACUAAUAGUUCUCUCUCUAUCCAACUCAAUUGGUUAAAAUCCCACUUGAAAUCCAUUUGCCACACAAAAAAAGAUUGUGAGGAAAAGCUUACAAGAUCAAUUUUUUUUGUGGGAGAGAUCGGUGGUAAUGAUUAUAAUUAUGGCUUCUUCCGAGGUCUAAAAACUAUGGACGAGGUACAAAAGAUUUUGGUUCCUCAUGUUGUUCAAUCCAUCACAAGAACUGUUAUGGAAGUUAUAAAACUUGGUGCAACUCAAGUGAUAGUUCCAGGGAAUUUCCCAAUUGGGUGUCUCCCAAUUUAUCUCACUAUAUUCCAAACCAAUGAUACAGAAGCUUACAAUGAAUUCAAGUGUCUGAAAGGCUUAAAUGGCUUUGCAAUGUUUCACAAUGAUCAGCUCCAACAAGCUUUGCAACAAUUGAGAAAUGCACAUCCAAAUGUUGAUAUAGUUUAUGCCGAUUAUUACAAUGCCUUUAAAUGGGUCCUUCACAGAGCGCCUUUGCUUGGGUUUGACAAGGACUCUCUACAGAAAGCAUGUUGUGGAAGUGGAGGAGGGAAAUAUAAUUUUGAGCGAAGGAAUUUAUGUGGAGUUGCAGAGGCUACAGUGUGCCCCAUUCCUGAAACAUACAUCAGUUGGGAUGGAAUUCAUUUGACAGAGAAGGCAUACAUGCACAUAGCAAAUUGGCUAAUUCGAGAUCUUACUCCUAAACUCAAAUGUCUAUUUUAGGUUUUGGCUUCAUUUAUUAAUCUGUGAUUCAAGGUUUAAAA